AUUAUCUAAUGGAUUGAAGAUUCCACAAGGGGAAAGUGAAACAAUGAUAGAAACAAUCCGUUAGCCCGUCUGUCUCCAUCGAUCUGCCCACUCAACAUAGUUCUAUUAUCUAGUCUACUUAGCAUAUAUCCAGGUCGCCAUGGAUCCCAAAAACUUGGCCCAUCGUCGAAGGCAAAACUUUGAAAAUAGCAAGAUCCAAUGCCUUUCCAAACGGGAUAAGAGCUUUGCAGGAAGAAUCGAUGCGAGAGCUGUUGAUAUCUGCGGGGUGAUCAAUGAUAGAGAGGAGUUCUACACAACCUCCUCGUGCUCUGGGAGAUGCUUUUUGUAUCGAGGAUCCGGCAUUAAAGCCACAGACUCGUUCCGACGCUGGAGAAUAUCUCACGACAAGAUCAAAGAGAGCCAGCGGUAUUUUGAUCUCUCGACUUUGGAGUCUGACCCUACUGGUGGUGCUGAUCCCAUACGUUCCGUUGGACAGUUUGAGCAUGCCGAAAAGGUUCGGCAAAUUGACGGUGAUCAGGACCAGCCGAAAGCACUCGACGGCCGCAAACGUGAUGCUCUGGAGCAGGAUAGUCAAGAUUACUUGGUCGUGGGAAACCAGGGAGAAGCAGCAGGCGAAGAUGAAAUAAAUCCACCUAUGUAUACUGCGGAUGCCAUGCUCUGGCUUCGAUUUGAACCUUUCAUUCUGCAUGUCGCUUGUCGAUCCUUGGCAGCUGCUUCCUCUCUAAUGAAUGCUGCUAGGCCAGCUUUCAAGAAUGUGGGAUUGACAACAUGGAAAGAUGAACAAUCUACAAAUGCCGGCAGCAACUUUUCCAAGUAUCUGGUGGCAAUCUGGGGAGACGAAGGGUUAGAUAUGCCUCUUUGCACCCCGGAUGGGACACAAGUCUUUGCAAAUGCACACGAUUGGUUGGCUGGUCUGGUCAAUGAACGUCAUCAGAGAAACUGGAUGAAGAUUGAAAGGUUUGUGCAAGCUGUAAGGGCCAUGCCUUCUGGUGUGGACGACGAAUACGUUGAUGACACAUAUCAUUGUCUCGGAGACGACAACAAUGAAAAUGGGGCUGCUAGAGUUCCAAAGAGCUUUGAUGUUUUGGGCGAUGUUGCAGUGCUGAAUACCCUUCCACCUGGUGAUCAAGAGGAACUCUCCCGCAUUGGAGACGCAAUUAUGACGAAAAACAAAGCCAUCAAGAUCGUAGUGGCUCGUCAAGCCAACUUGGAUGGAACCGAGCGCGCACCAGGAGCCUCUGGAUUUGUACAACUGGCAGGUGAACACCAACGAAAUCCCUUGAUGACCUCGCACGCUGAAUACAACAUUAAAUGUGUAAUUGAUUUGAGCAACACUUUCUUCAGCCCUCGAAUGGGUCCAGAAAGGCUGCGAAUCUGUCAGCAAGUGGCUCGAGGGGAACAUGUCCUAGUUUUGUUCGCUGGAGUAGGGAUGGAAGCCCUGCAGAUUGCAGGCCGGACAGAGGCAAGUAAGGUAGUGGCUGUGGAGUUGAACCCCAUUGCCGUGCAGUGCUUGCGCCGGUCGCAUCAAUUGUUGGCCCGGAAUCGUGCCGUGAAAUGUGUGGGAGGUGCCGACCGAUUGGAGAUUAUAGAAGGGGAUGUUUUGAAGGUGAUUCCAGAGAGAUUUGAACCGAACUAUUUUGACCGAGUCUUGGCACCCCGUCCCAAAGAAGGUUCCGCGGAUGGAGACUUGGGAACUGGUGAUGGAGGUGUUGACUUUUUGCGAGCAAUGCUGCCCGUGAUGAAACAAGACGGAGGAGAGGCGCAUUGGUAUGAUUUUGCGGCUGAUCAUGAGUUUCCUCAGUGUGAACGAACUCGCCAAUUGCUAGAACGGACCUGUGCCUCUGUGGGGUUAGAUAUGCAAGUCCUUCAUGUCGCAAAUGCUGGAUCUGUUGCCAUGCGACAGCUACGAGUUUGCGUUGAUUUCCGCAUAUCUCCAAAGCCACACUGAACCUACCCUACAGGAUCAAAGCUAUUUCUGAUAGGGUAAAGCUCGUGGUCUUGUGGUGUAUGCGGCACGUUGACGCCAACCGGCAUUCCUCUAGCUAUACCGGUUAUUCGUAAUCCGGCUACCGUACGGUAAUCUAUUUCUUUAGAAAGGAAGGAUAAGUCAGAUAGAUAAUUUCUAGUUGUAGUGCAUCUCAGUUAGUUUGUGACGCUUGCAAAUAAUAAUUUUGUUCCUAUAGUGAG